AUGCUGAGGGCGCGGAAAAUACUUGGCUUUUCUUAUGCACCAUUAUUUUUUGCGAAGAACCAAUAUUACCCCCGCCGUUACGUGAAUGCGUCGAUUGGUCAAAAACUCGGAUGCCCACUUGGACAAGCAGAAGAAAGACAUGGCUAUCAGCGAACCUCUGACGGAAUUAUAAAUUACUUGCAAGAGGAUUGCUCGCUGAUGCUUGUGUCUGGAUAA